AUGGCAAACCCAGUGAUUACCUUGUUAUUCUCAAUGGAUUUUAUAUCCCUCAUAUUGGCCAUAUACAUGGCGAUAAUAUUCUACAAGGCAAAACCAAAUCCAAUGAUGUUUUACUUUUCGCUGAGCGCUGCGGUGUUAAAUGUGUUAGCGCUGCUGGGAUUUGCAUAUAAUUUUGAUUGGCACAGGGCACCGUUGGAAAUGUGUUAUUUCCAGGCAAUAGGGAUACAAUUUGCAACAUUUUUGACAGGAAUUUGUGCCUUUAACUUUAUAAUUCAAGUCUAUCGUCUUCUUGUUCUUCGUGAACAAACCGAGAUUACAAGCUCGAAAUUGAUAUCUUACUACAACGGUCUUCUGAUUGCAUAUCCGAUUAUAGGGACUGCAUUGGUAACAGUUGCAGCAGUAAAGACAAAUGCUAUAGGUGUUAGAGAUUUCAAAUGCGACGUAAUCACUCCAAUCUGGGUUCGUAUGUUAGGUUACAACGGCAUCAACCUUCUCAUAUCCAUCCCAGGCACUUACUUCUCAGCACACUCAACCAUAACGGUAAUUCGUUAUCUGGAUCAAUUUAAAACAAGCAGUACCGUUACCCAAGGUCACGCGCCAAUGAUAGAAUCUAAAAAUAUUGCCAAAGUUGCAACCGACGAUAGUAAAUCUUCUCUUCCACGCACACCGGGUAGUAGAACCCAUCCAAAUAAGCAAUACAACAUCAAACGAGCUGCUGCUAUUCGGAUGGUAUUUUUCACAGUUGUUUACCUCAUUACGAAUAUUAGUGCUUCGAUCGAGACUAUUGUCUUUGUUAUAGCCGGUAAACCGUUAGAUCCGCAUCCUGGUGGAUCUGACAUAGUAUGUGUAUCGCUCGGAAUUAUGCUAUUCUUAAUUUUUGGAACUGCAGACGAUGUUAGAAAAUGGACUGUUGAGAAGCUAAAAGAACUUAAGCCAAGUAGUAGUAGUCGGAGUUUUAGUUUUUGA